AUGGCCGACGGGAUCAAGAUCCAUCGCAGACACGGCUUCUACGUCCUCGUCAUGGUCGUCGGAUGGGUACUGCCGCCCGUGGCCGUCUUGCUCAGGUUCGGCUUCGGGACGGACUUCUUGCUCAACAUCCUGCUCACUCUGUGCGGCUACAUACCAGGCCACGGCCACAACUUCUAUCUGCAGAACAUCCGGAACAACGAGAACCAGAAGCGGACGCCGAAGUGGGCGACCAAGGCGGGGCUAGUGAAGGACCAUUCGGCGGCGCGGCGGGCAAAGACGCACUCUCCCGACGACCGCUCCGUCGCCAGCAGCCGGCCCAGCACCCGGCACGAUCCCCACCCGCAUCGCCACACCCUGCCCGCCGUCCUGGGGCCCUCGGCGCCCGUCGCCCGCCGCAAAACCAGCCAGACCGUCCACAUCCCCUCCUCCUCCCGGGGCGCUCAGGACGACCCGUACUUCGUCCGCCGCGCCGCCUCCAUCCACGCCCCCUCCUCCGCCCACCCCAAGCCCGGCGACCCUCCGGCGGCCGCCCGCUCGCUGUCCCAGCGGCUCGGGCUCGGCGGGUCCAAGAAGGCCGCCCGGAAGAGCAGGUUCGACGUGGCCAACGAGGCCCGCUGCCAGUGGCAGAACCUCCCCCACCCUCGUCCCGACACCCCCGUCGCGGAGCCGGCCGGCCCCGACGGGCUCGACCACCAGUUCUGA